AUGAAGUCUCUCACAGGCCUCUCGUGGCUGUCACUGCUCUCGGCCAUAACUGCCGUCGGCGUUAAUGCUCAGAAUGUCUCCACACCUAGCCAAUGGCCGCUUCACGACAAUGGUCUGAACGAGGUUGUCCAAUGGGACCAUUACAGCUUUCAUGUCAAUGGCAAAAGGCUCUUCGUUUUCAGCGGAGAGAUUCAUUAUUGGAGAAUCCCUGUCCCUGAGAUUUGGGAAGAUUUACUGGAGAAGAUCAAGGCGGCAGGCUUCACGGCUUUCGCUUUCUACGGCAACUGGGCAUACCACAGCGCGAACAACAACACCCUAGACUUCGAGACUGGUGCACACGAGUUCACCAAACUGUUCGAAAUCGCACACCGGGUCGGUCUCUAUGUCAUCACGCGCCCCGGCCCCUAUGUCAACGCCGAGGCAAACGCCGGAGGUUUCCCACUUUGGCUCACUACUGGAGCGUACGGAAAGCUGAGAGACGACGAUCCAAGGUACCUCAAGGCAUUGGACCCUUAUUUCUCAAAGUUUUCUGAGCUCACAACCGAGCAUCUCGUGACCAAAGGUGGCAAUUGCCUCGUCUACCAGCUUGAAAAUGAGUAUGGCGAGCAGUGGAGAGAUACGGUCAGGAAGAUUCCCAAUGAUGCUGCUGGGCGCUACAUGGCCGCAUUGCAAGACUCUGCAAGAGCAAACGGGAUAGAUGUGCCUCUGAUCCACAACGACCCGAAUAUGAAUACCAAGAGUUGGUCCAAGGACUUCGGCCCAGGCGCUGUUGGCAAUGUGGACGUGGCUGGCUUGGACAGCUACCCAUCUUGCUGGUCUUGCAACCUCGAUGAGUGCACUGGCACCAAUGGAGAGUACGUCGCGUACAACGUCAUCGAUUAUUACGAUCACUUCGUCGAGGUCUCGCCUACUCAGCCCAGCUUCUUCCCUGAGUUCCAGGGUGGAUCUUACAACCCAUGGGGCGGACCAGAGGGUGGAUGUCCAGGCGAUAUUGGCGCUGAUUUCGCCAACCUUUUCUACCGCAACCUCAUUGCCCAGCGUGUGACAGUCAUAUCCCUCUACAUGAUGUUCGGUGGAACUAAUUGGGGUGCUAUCGCUGCUCCUGUCACCGCCACUAGCUAUGAUUAUAGCAGUCCCAUCAGCGAGAACCGCAAGAUCGACAGCAAGUACUACGAGACCAAGAACCUAGCCCUUUUCACUCGCGUCGCCGAGGACUUGACAGUCACCAACCGAAUCGGUAACUCCACCAUCUACAGUACAAACCCAGCCGUUGAGGCCAGCGAGCUACGCAAUCCAUUGACAAACGCUGGUUUCUACGUCACAAUUCACUCUUACUCGCCUUCUGCGACUAAGGAGUCCUUCAAGCUCCAUGUCAGCACCUCGAUUGGUAAUUUGACUAUUCCUCAGCACGAGGGCUCCAUCAUCCUAGACGGUCACCAGUCCAAGAUCAUAGUCACCGACUUCUCGUUAGGCGACCAGACUCUUACUUACUCCACCGCUGAGGUCCUGACAUACGCUGUUCUUGACCAUGGCCCCGUCGUUGUUCUCUCCGCCGGUGUCGGGGAGUCUGUCGAAUUCCACAUCAAAGGAGCUUCCAAGGGCAAGCCAGUCAGCCAAACUGCUGGCUCGAAUGCAACGUUCCACCGUGAGGCUCGCGGCAUCACCACAAACAUCCAGAAUGUAUCUGGUAUGAGUGUGUACGAGUUCAACAAUGGCGUCAAAGUCGUUGUUGCCGAUAAGCCUACCGCAUACCUCUUCUGGGCACCUAACCUGUCCAACGAUCCCUUUGCACCAGUCGACAAAUCCGUACUUGUACAGGGACCCUACCUUGUCCGCAGUGCAGCACAGGAGGGCAAAUACCUGAAUUUGAAGGGCGACAUCACCAAGAGCACCACCAUCGAAGUCUUUGCUGGCAAAACCGUCAAGCAACUCUCGUGGAACGGCAAGAAGCUCAAGACUACCGGUACCUCAUAUGGAAGCUUGAAGGCUACAGUCGCUGCCUUCGAUGCCAGUAUCAACCUCCCAUCCUUGGACAAGUGGAAGGUCGCCGACGCACUGCCAGAGAAGGAACCAAGCUAUGAUGACAGCGGUGAUGCUUGGGUCAUUGCAGACCAUCUCACCACACCCAACCCCACAAAGCCUGACACCGUUCCCGUGCUUUAUGUUGACGACUACGGCUUCCACAACAGCUUCCACCUCUUCCGUGGCCACUUUGAGGGUGCCGCAACCGGUGUCAAGCUCGCUGUCCAGGGUGGUCUUGCUUUCGGAUGGAGUGCCUGGCUCAACGGCGAGUUCGUAGGAUCCUUCUUGGGCAACACGACGGCGCCUGCCGGCAACAUGACGCUUUCUUUCGCAAACGCAACCGUCUACACGAACGGUACCAAUGUACUGCUCGUUGCUCAAGACAACACUGGCCACGAUUUACGUUCCGAUGCGGUCAAGCCCCGUGGUAUUCUCGGUGCCACACUCGAGGGCGCCAACUUCACCACCUGGAAGAUUGCCGGUGAGGCUGGUGGCGAGAAUAUCCAGCUUGAUCCUGUCCGCGGCCCAUUGUCUGAGGGUGGUCUUGUUGCUGAACGCCUUGGCUGGAUUCUCCCUGGCUUCGAUGACUCUGCGUGGAACUCCAGCUCUCCCUCUGAAGGUAUUGCCGAGGCUGGCAUUGCUUUCUACCGCACUAUCAUUCCUCUUGACGUCCCUGCCGAGCUCGACGCUUCCUUUGCUUUUGUGUUCAAGGCUGUUGGCUCCAAGGCUGUCCGUGUACAGCUCUUCGUCAACGGCUACCAGUAUGCACGCUUCAACCCGUAUGUCGGCAACGAAAUCAAGUUCCCCGUUCCUCCGGGUAUUCUCAACUACUCUGGUGACAACGUCAUCGGUGUGAGCGUCUGGGCUCAGACGGAAGAGGGUGCUAAGAUCGAUGUUGAGCUUGUGCAGGAAUAUGCUAUUGAGAGUAGCUGGAGCUCGAGGUUCGACUCUGAGUACCUCAGGCCUGGGUGGACAAAGGAAAGGCUGGCUUAUGCUUGA